AUGGAAUCAAACGAUAGUCAUACGAAAGAUUGUUCUACUAUAUAUCGUUUUCAAUUUGCAAGUAUAGCUUUUUUAUGUAGUGUUUAUCUUUCAUUUACAUUUCAUUCAAAUAUAUGGUCACUUUAUACACAACCAUUUACACCAGUUAAUUGUUCCAUGAAUAAAAAUCCAGUUAUUUCUGGAUUAACAUGGAACACUCCAACAAGAUCAAUACUUCCAAUUCUAAUAAAAAAUUAUAAUCGAUCAGAAUGUUGUCCUUGUAGAGAAAUUCUUAAUGGGAAUAUUAAUGAUAAACAUUUAUGGACUCGUUGUAGAUCAUGGAUGGCAAAUAUAAAUGAAUUAGAAGUACGAAAAGCAACUAUUAUCGAUGAAUGGAAUUUAGCUUGUGGAGAAGAAAAUCGCAAAAAUCUUAUGAUAGGUUCAAUAUCAUUUUUAAUUGCUGAGAUAAUUGGUGUUAUAAUAAUUGGAAUUUUAGCUGAUCAUUAUGGAAGAAAACUAAUGCUUCUAAUGUGCCUUUAUAUUCCGGUGCUUUUCGGAUCGUUAGCUGCUUUUACUACAACUUAUAUUCUAUUUCUUAUUCUUCGUUGGCCUGUAGGAUUUUUAAAUAGAGGUCUUCUUUUACUUGUUUUUAUCAUGGUUAUUGAAUCAUGUGAAUAUAAACAUCGAGCACAAGUUGGUUGUCUUCUUCUUGCUUCUAUACCUAUAUUUGGUAUUAUUAUUGGUGUUACUUAUUUUUUUCUAUUAGAUUGGCGUCAUAUGCAAUUACUUGGUUCAUUAAUCACUACUUUAUCUCUUUGUUAUCCAUGGUUAAUACCAGAAUCUCGUCGAUGGUAUGUGAAUAGUAAUCGUAUAUCACGUGUAAAUAAAAUUUUACAAUUAUCGUCAAAUAAACAAACACCAACAUUAAGUUUAAAUAAAGUUGGUUCACCAGCACCAAUAACUAUGAUUUAUAAUAAACCAAUAUUAUCACCAAAUACUCGUCGUGUUCAAACAGGUUCAAUAUCAUGUUUAUUAAUAAAUCAACAACUUCGUACAAUUACUUGUUGUUUAUUUAUACUCUGGUUUCUGUCAUCAUUUUGCUAUCAAUGUAUAUUUUUUCCAUCAAUACUUUCACAUCCAACUAUAAAUUAUGUUUUAAUGAAUGCUACUGAAUUUUUUUCAUUUAUUAUUGCACUUAUUGUUGCUUAUAAAAUUGGUCGUCGAGCUCCAUUAUCUGUACUGAUUUUAAUUAGUGGUCUUUCUUCUGUUGCAUUAGCAAUUGCAUUACUUGAAACAGGACAUACAUGGCUUGAAACAAUAUUAUCUUUUGUUGCUCGUAUUUGUUUACGAACUUGUUAUUGUCUUUUAAUUUUAUUUACAAGUGAACUUUAUCCAACAUCAAUUAGAGCAACUGGUUUGGCUAUUGGACUUUCUAGCGAAGUUAUAGCACGAAUUUCAGUUGAACUUCUUCUUUAUUUUACUAUUAAUCGAUUAUUGCUUUUAUUUAUAUCUGGUGGUAUGUUAUGUCUUAGUUGUUGUUUAAUAUUUCCAUUACCUGAAACAAUACUCUAUGAUAUACCUGAUUCAAUAAAUGAUCUUCAAUCAAUGAAACAUUCAAUAGGAAAUGAAAAUGAAAAUAAAAACUUACCACAUAAUUCUCAUUAUCAUAUGAUUGAUUCAAAUACACUUACACUUCCUCGUCUAUCAGAAUCAAAUACAAUAACAUCAGAUCUUAAUGAUUUAUCUUCAUUACAUCAUAGAACAAUUAUAAGAUCACAACAACAACAACAACAACAAGGCGAUGGUGAUGAAAAAAGUCUACCAAUUCAAUUACAUUCAAAUACAUCAACAAUAAAAGGUUUAUCAAAUCCAUGUUAUUUUGCAUCAUUAAAUGAUACAAUUGAUCAAUACGAUAUUGAACAACAAGCAAAUAAUCGAGUAGUAAUUAGUAUUCGAGGUGCACAAAAUAAUAACAAUAAUAAUAACAAUAAUGAAGAACAAAGUGAAAAUACAAAGUUUUAA